AUGUUACAAGAUGAAAAAUCCCCUAUUACUUUCAAUUUUCACCAGUUGCUGUUAAAGUUGGAAGACAACAUAUUGAUUGAAACUGUUGGUAUUUCGGUUGAAGAUGAUAAAGGUUCAGUUCACUCGACAACAUGUGUCUCAUCACAGGUAGGUUUCCCUCUACGAUGCUCUUUUUGUGCAACAGGAAAAUGGGGCUUUUCAAGGAAUCUUUGGAGCCAUGAAAUUGUAGAGCAGGAAUGGGUUGGCUGGCCACAACAGAUUUAUAAGGGUAAUGCCAAAUACACCUGUUGCAGUUGGCCAGGCGGUGUCAGUUAUGAGCUUGGGAGGAGCUGCAACAGAAGAAGAUGCAAAUCUUAUAUCCCAAUUAUUUGGGUCAAUUGGAAAAAUAUGGAAAGUUGA